GUCCAGUGAAUGAUAUAUAUAGGGAGUGGGCGAGGGAGAGGGAGAGACAGCACAGAGACAAGCCAACAAACAUCAAGAACAGCAUGAGUUGAGGGAAUACUACUCAUCCCAUUGCCAUUCCUACACCAAUCUUUCCUCUCCUUUUGCAUGUCAAUUCUGUAGGAAGACAACCCACCUGAAGCUGUGGCAUGCCACUGUGCUCCCUUGCCUUCCAUUUCUUAGGCCAAGCAUUCAUUGGUCGGGCUAUAUGAGAAUUCUACUCGGCGGAGGGGGCAACACAGCUCUACUGCCUUACCUCCAUCGGCCGGCUUCAGUGCGCCGCGGCCUCACGACUGUCGCAGCGGUUCCGGGCAUGUGCCGGAGAUGUUACUCCUCUCAUCAUUAUUGGGUCGAAGGCAAUGAUGAUGAGGGGCGGAAGGAGAGCGUGGUGGUGGUCAUGGGCGCCACUGGGACGGGGAAGUCGAAGCUGUCCAUCGAGCUGGCCACCAGGUUCUCGGGCGAGGUGGUGAACUCCGAUAAGAUUCAGGUGUACCGGGGGCUUGACGUCACCACCAACAAGAUGCCCGUCGUGGAGCGCUGCGGCGUGCCGCAUCAUUUGCUGGGAGAGGUUGACCCAGCCGCGGGCGAGGUUUCGCCGGCGACGUUCCGGGAGAUGGCGGCCCGCGCUAUUGCCGGGAUUACAGGCCGCGGCCGGCUGCCGGUGGUGGCCGGCGGGUCCAACUCCAUGGUACAUGCUGCCAUGGCCGGUAGCUACGACCCCGAGCGGAGUCCAUUCGCGGCGGACUGGCGGUGGAGGAGGAAGAGAAGGGAGGGGGCGCUGCGGUACCGAUGCUGCUUCCUGUGGGUGGACGUGGAAGCGGCGGCGUUGGCGGAGCAGCUCGACCGGCGGGUGGAGGAGAUGGUGGCGGCUGGAAUGGUGGAGGAGCUGGGCCGGUACUUCGCGGCGGAGGUGGAGUCGGACGCGGGGGAGCUAAGACACCCGGGGCUGGCGAAGGCUAUCGGGGUGGCGGAGCUCCGGGAGUACUUCCGGGGGGAGGGGCGGGGGACGGCGGCGGCGUACCAGGCGGCGAUGGCGGCCAUCAAGGCCAACACGCGGCGGCUGGCGGAGGAGCAGGUGCGGAAGAUCGAGCGGCUGGAGCAGAUGGGGUGGCCGCUGCGGAGGCUAGACGCAACCGCGACGGUGACAGCGCGUCUCGCCGGGUCAGCUACGGAGCAAGCUGAGGCGGCGUGGGAGAGGGACGUGGCGGGGCCCAGCUAUGCGGCGGUGGAGCAGUUCUUGAAGGAAGCGGUGGAAGGCCACCACGCCGUGCCUUCUCAUCUGAUUUAUACUUGA